GCUAUCUUCCUGUGAAAGCAACUGUCUAGUUAUAUUUUGGAUGAUUCAUUUUAUUCAUCUUUUGUUUUUUUAUUCUAAGUUAUCUUUCUUGUGUGUGUAGAGAAGACGACGAUAGCCAGGCAACUAGGUGUAAACGAUAUAAGCGCGUUCGUCGCUUAACCAAACGUAAUGGCUAGGGAGUAUGACCAUCUCUUCAAACUACUCAUUAUAGGCGAUAGCGGAGUUGGAAAGAGCUCUCUGCUCCUUAGAUUUGCGGAUAAUACAUUUUCUGGCAGCUACAUCACAACAAUUGGCGUAGAUUUUAAAAUACGAACAGUCGAAGUUGAAGGAGAAAGGGUGAAACUACAGAUAUGGGAUACCGCCGGCCAGGAACGAUUUCGAACAAUAACGUCUACUUACUAUAGGGGUACUCACGGCGUAAUUGUAGUCUAUGAUGUCACAAAUGGAGAUUCAUUCGCAAAUGUUAAGAGAUGGCUUCAUGAAAUUGAACAAAACUGUGAAGUGGUGAACAGGAUACUCGUUGGCAAUAAAAAUGACGCACCUGAUAGAAAAGUUGUGUUAACCGAAGAUGCUCAGAGAUUUGCAGAUCAGAUGGGAAUACAGCUUUUUGAAACUAGUGCGAAAGACAACAUCAAUGUUGAAGAAAUGUUUAUGGCGAUUACAAGACAAGUUCUGAGGACGAAGAAGGAACGAAAAGAGAGGCAGGCAAUUCAGAACAAUGACACUGUAAAUCUUCGAAAACCAAAACAGAGCAAAAGGAAAUGCUGUUAGCAUCCUCGAGUACACCUAUAAACAGGUGUACAUUUUUUCCUGGUGUGGAGCAGAAAACUUCAAGAAUGUUUCAAGAAGUGCUGCAGAGUGUGCAGAACAGCAUUGAACAGAUUGCUCUGUCAGCACUGCUUUCUUUUCCUUAAAUUUGAUGUUUGGUGUACAUAUUACAUAAAAAUCGUAUCAAAUCAAGUUUUUCCAACCGAUGAAAAUGUCCUUGAGGAAUUCAGCUGCAGCUAAGGAUUGAAGUGUGUGGUGUUUCGUCAUUUUGAUUCGCUACAUUGGGUCAACAGUCGUAGGUCCUUUUCACCCACAAAUAUUUAUAGAAUGUCUGACAGGAUAAGCAUUGAGUGACAGGAGUGAAAAAUAAGCAGAAAAGACACAUUGUUUAGAGAAUACUCUUUAGAGUGAAACUGCGUGCAUGUAUGGAUGGUGUGCAUGUUGUACAUUUGCUUCGAGUGUCUGAAAUCAUCGAAGUUCUGUAACAAAAGUAUUUUCUAAAUAUAAGUGAGGAAAUUCGUGUAUGCAUGUCUGCAUUUAUAGAUGUUGCAUAAUGCCAAAUAUGAAAUAUGUUGUCAUUCUUAAUUUUCUGCAUGUAUUUGAAAUCAAGAAAUCAUUGUAUUAUAUUUCUA